AUGAAGCCUGGCGACGUGAAGAAAGGUGGAAGCGGGUUAUAUAAUUGGGGAAACCCUACUGACUUAAAGCACAUGCAUGAAGAACAGGGCGAUAUCCCUGACAGUGAAGAAGACGUGGAAUAUACUGAAUACGCCCAUGCCCAGACGCCUUCGCCCACAAAAAGCACUUUUAUUUCACAUGAGCCAGAAUAUUGGGUUUUUGACACUUUAGAGGUAAAGGUGGAAACUAGGACAAAAGUCCAAGAGGUUUUGACACAACAGAGUUAUGCUGUUUUUGUGGACUGAGUAAAACAGCUCAGAAGACCGAAACUACACAGUGUAAUUUUUGCUAGAAUAUUACAGGUCAGUUUAGACAAGCCUGAUAGUGAUAGAGAAAUCAUCUGGGGACUCAUUGAAUUAUUGCAUUCAGCUAAAAUUUUUACGCAAAAAGAAAUCAGGCGUGGGUUUGAUAAGAUUUAUUCACAAGUUUCAGAUAUAGUUGUAGACGUCCCGAAUGGGCCAGAAGUUGUGCUGGAUUUUCUUGUUAGAUCGAUUAUUGGAGGACUGAUUCCGAGCUCGGUAAUUUUGAGAAUCCCGCUUAGCUUUUAUAACCUGGGAAGUGGGUCUUAUGUAUUGAGGGAGAUAAAAGAAAAAAAUCAAGUUUUAGGAGACUUAGCCUAUUGGAAAAUUAAUUUAAAAAAAUAGAAAACAGUUUUUUUUUAUAAAUGAUUAAUUAAGGCUGGGAGUUAGUAGAAACUUUGCAAGAGGCAAAACUCUUAAUUAUUGAUAUUCUAAAAGAAUACUUCGCUACAGGAGUCAAUGAAGGAGUCAAGGACUACUUAAAACGAGAUCUCAAUAUCUUAUACGGUCCUUUCGUAAUAAGAAAAGCUAUAGAGCUCGCCAUCGAAAGAGAUAACCGCGAAAAAGAACUCUGCAGCCGCUUAUUAGGAGAAAUUUCAGGAAUCUGCCAGCCUAACACCUUUGUGGAGGCAUUUGACGACACCCUCAGGAAUAUCAGAGAAACCUCUAUUGAUGUCCCAUCAGCCCCAGAGCUCAUAGCAAAAUUCAUAGCCCGAGCUAUGGCUGACGACUGCUUGCCUGCAAAUUACAUCAUUGACUCAGAAUUAUCGACAAUUGAAGAAAACUCAAUAGAACUUACCGUUCUUCUCCAAGCUCAAAGGCUAAUUAACCACAGAGAAGCGUAUACAACGCUACAAAGUGUAUGGGGCCCACAAGUAGAAAACUUAAACGACUAUCAAAGGCAAUUUGACACCAUAAUUAGAGAAUUUUUAGAUAGUAAAGACCAUAGAAAUGCUAAAGAAUGCUUAAAAGAAUUGUGCUGCCCUCAUUAUAUGCAUGAAUUUGUAAGGAAAUCAAUAAAAUUAGUUAUGGACAAAAGUGAGCAAGACCAAGAAGAAGUUUUGCAGCUGAUUUUGGCUUUGAAAAGAGAAGGGGUUAUUUUAGAGACACAAGUUCAGCAAGGAAUAGAAAGAAUUGAACAAAAUUUGGGAGAUUUAAGACUAGAUGUGCCAAAAGCUGAUGAAAUUUUGGGGAAAUUUAAGUCACAACUACAAUAA